AGCGAGGUGCUAUCAGCUGUUCAUUCCCAGUGUUGGAGUGACAAGUGUCGCAGUCCAGUUUGUAAUGGCACAUUUUUUAUACGCUACAGUACAGUCAACGAAUAGUGUCCACCACAUGCUAGCGAGUUGUGGGAAAGAGGUGUGGAACUUUUCGAUCUUCAGGUUGUGAGAAAUAGAUUAAAUAUGGAAUGUAAUGAAAUUACUUUGACUAGUGCUGUUGUCCACAAUAGUAUGGCGUCCAACUUCUUAGCGCCUGUGAAGACAGAGCAACAAAUAUAUGAAAAUUCUAUGUUAGAAGAUGAUCCAAACGCCAAUUCGGCGGUAACCAACGAAGAAAAAAUAAUUCCAAGGUGGGGCCCUCAUCACAAAGGCGCGCAGGAGUUAGCUAACCUGUACAGUAGAGGUAAAAGAACGCAGGAAUGUAUCUGCGUGGGAAUUUGUAUUACUUUAAUGCUGGUGAACUUCAUAUUCAUUGUAAUCCAUUUUCGACUGGAAAAUCUCAGCACGAUACUUACAGCAGCAUUAUGUGGUAUUGUUACUGCCGAUCUGGGGUCUGGUUUGGUGCACUGGGGAGCUGACACAUGGGGAUCAGUGGAACUUCCCAUCAUUGGAAAGAAUUUUCUGAGGCCUUUUCGUGAACAUCACAUCGAUCCAACUUCAAUUACAAGGCAUGAUUUUAUUGAAACUAAUGGAGAUAACUUCAUGCUGACAAUUCCUUUCUUGGCUUUUAUGACAUGGGAGUUCAUUACGCUUACAGAAGAAGAGGUACAGAAGAAAUUUUCGUGGUGCUGUUAUUUGUUUUUGUUGGCUAUUUUUGUAGCUAUGACUAAUCAGAUCCACAAGUGGUCACAUACAUACUUCGGAUUGCCGCGUUGGGUUGUUCUUUUACAAGAGUAUCACAUAAUACUCCCACGAAGACAUCAUCGGAUUCACCAUGUUGCACCUCACGAAACCUAUUUUUGCAUAACUACAGGGUGGCUUAACUGGCCAUUAGAGAAGAUACGUUUUUGGCAAAUGUUGGAGUGUGUAAUUGAAUUCUUGACUGGUUGUAAGCCGAGAGCAGAUGACUUUAAGUGGGCACAAAAGAGAACGUGAGGUGAAACACUGGGCUUGUGCCUAGUCUUUUCUCAGGAGAAAGAUCUUUGUUGAACAUACUUUUAUACCUACUAAAUACAACAUCACUUUUUUUAAGUUAUGCCAUUUUUUGCAUCUGGAAUCUCACGAGGAUGAGUCUGGAGCUUAAUGUUUGGUCAUUUGUUCCCAGUUUUUUGGGAACUAAAUUGAAGAAAAACUGUUUGCCCUUUCUUCCCUGAAUGUGUUGACUUUAUGAACUGUAAUUAAUGAAUCAGUGAGUGUAACAAAGGAAAUGGUGGUUAGUUUUGUCUAACCAAACUACUUUUAUUGCUCUGUUGUAAAUAUAUGAAAUAUAUUAGUACGCCACCUGGAAUUGAUAAGGCAGUAUUCGAAGCAGAUUAUGCCUUCAGGGACCAAAGGGUAAGGUGCAGCACAGCAUUUUUUUGGAUGUAAGUAGUUCUUAAUUAUAAUUUUUACUUUUAUAUUGGUGACUGAAAGCACUCAAUAGAACUAUAACAAAUUUAGUGAAGUGAUGAUAAUUGCGCAUGAGCAGAGUUGUGCCCUUGUUUAAAGGCCAAAAAGACUUUCACGUACAAUCGCUUUUGUAAUUACAUAUACAUAUAUAUUUAAUAAUAACAGAAUUUUUAAAAAUGGGAUGUGAUGUGGCUGACUGAGAGCAAUUAAUGCAAUACUGUUCAUGUUGGUGAAGAUGGUUUGUUGAAUGCUUGGUGUUUUAUUUUUUACAAUUGACGUAUUUGAAACUGCAAACCUGCGCAAGAGUAUAAGGAUGCCAGUGACUGUUCAGUGUUUUUUGUGGAGGUUGUUAUGAUAGGCUCUUGUAUACAGUUUUUUUUAUUGUCAGUUGCUUGCAUAUUUGUAUCUGUGACAAAAUUAGAAGCUUAAUCCAAAGAUUAUUUUAGAUAAACUAUAGUACAUCAUCAUUUCAUAUUUUUUAUUACAUACCAUGUUUCCAAAACAUCACUGUUGCUUAAUAGUUUGUGUAGCUUUACUUAUUUAUACACUAAAUUACUUAUGGCUCAUAAACUGCCUUAUAUAUAAACUCUUUCAUCGAUGGUGCUGCCAGGAGUAGCUUGUAUGGACCUACACAUCGAGUGCAUAACUAAUCUAUUUUUGCAAGUUUUAAAACAAAAACUGUGCUGGUUGUGACUGCAAAAGUUAAAAAAAAAAGCUUAUGUUUGAUUUCAUUUCGAUGGAAACAUUGUUUUCUUGCACAUAAAAUUGUAAAAAAAAAAAGCAUCUGACUUGUAUUUUGAUAUGAAAUUGAUAU